AUGGGUCUGCCGACACUGGAGUUCAGCGACUCAUUCGUGGACAGCCCCGAGUUCCGAGAGAGGCUCCAGUGCCAUGAAAUCGAGCUGGAAAGAACCAACAGGUUUAUCAAAGACCUCAUCAAGGAUGGAAACAUGCUCAUAUCGGCCCUCAGAAGUCUUUCUCAGGCAGUGCAGCGUUUCUCUCAGUCACUACAGGAUUUCCAGUUCGAAUGCAUCGGAGAUGCCGAGACCGACGACGAGAUUAACAUUGCUCAGUCCCUGAAGGAGUUCUCGCAGCUGCUGAGCACCAUGGAGGAGGAGAGAAAGCGUCUGAUCCAAAAUGCUGACGAUGUGCUAAUCUCGCCGCUGGAAAGGUUUCGCAAGGAGCAGAUCGGCGCAGUGAAGGAAGGAAAAAAGCAGUUCGACAAAGAGACGGAACGGUACUACUCUGUCCUGGAGAAACAUCUCAGUCUUUCCUCCAGAAAGAAGGAAUCACAGCUAAAUGAGGCUGACUCACAGAUGAGCAAAGACCGGCAGGUUUUCAACGACGCGUCGCUGCAGUAUGUUUUCAAAAUCCAGGAAGUGCAGGAGAGGAAAAAGUUUGAGUUUGUGGAGCCGUUGCUGGCCUUCCUGCAAGGUUUGCUCACCUUCUACCAUGAAGGCUACGAACUGGCCAGCGAGUUUGAACCCUACAAACAGCAGCUGCAAUUCAACCUGCAGAAUGCCAGGAACAACUUUGAAAGCACCCGAGCUGAAGUGGAACGGUUGAUGAAGAGAAUCCGAUCGGCCGAGGAGGACUUCAAAGCUCCUGGCUGCUUCACAAUGGAGGGCUACCUGUACAUACAGGAGAAACGUCCGCUGGGCAGCGUGUGGACCAGAUACUACUGCACGUAUGAGAAGAGCUCCAAGAUGUUCAGCAUGAGCAACACGGAGGUGCGACCACCCAACCGACAGAACGGCGUGCCCAACGGGACGCCGGAAAUGUUGCGGCUUCGCUCGUGCGUGCGAAGGAAGACAGACUCCAUCGAUAAGCGCUUCUGCUUCGACAUCGAAGUGGUGGAGAGACACGGUGUUAUCACUCUGCAAGCACUCUCUGAGGCCAACAGGCGACUCUGGAUGGAAGCCAUGGACGGGAAAGAACCUAUCUACACUCUUCCGUCGCUACUCAGCAAGAAGGAAGAAACGUUCCUCAACGAGACAGGCUUUAGCUUUGUGAAGAGCUGUAUUGAGCUGGUAGAAACGAGAGGCCUCACCACUCUUGGUCUUUACCGGACCGGGGGAGUCAACUCUAAAGUUCAGCGACUGAUGACAAGCGUGUUUUCCUCCACUUCUGCUUGCGACGUGCAUCUAGAUGCAGACGCUUGGGACAACAAGACCAUCACCAGCGGACUGAAGAAUUAUUUUAGGUGCUUGGCAGAACCUGUGCUGACCUACAGACUGCACAAGGAAUUCAUCAAAGCUGCAAAGUAUGACGACCAAUAUCGCGUGAAGGCGAUCCAUGCACUGGUCCACAAGCUCCCGGAGAAGAACCGGAUCAUGCUGGACCUCCUGACGAAUCAUCUUCUCAAAGUGUCAUCCCACUGCGCCCAGAACCUGAUGACGGUGUCCAACCUGGGCAUGAUCUUCGGUCCCACGCUGAUGAGGUCACAGGAGGAGACGGUGGCCGCCAUGAUGAACAUCAAGUUCCAGAAUAUCGUGGUGGAGAUUAUCAUUGAGAACCAUGACAAAAUAUUUGGCGAGAGUCCUGACCUGACACUACCGUUACCUCCGGCGCAGUCUUCUCGGGCGACGCCCCGACGGAGCAAGGCCAUCUGUUUGUCGUCGGGGAAGAGAAAGGCCCGCCUCUACCCACCUACUCUCUGCCUAGCAGACAAUGAUAGCGAUACCUUCAGCAGCGGUAGCCCGGGCACUACACCUAUGGGCAGCCAGGAAUCACUGUCUUCUCAUUCUUCAGAGAAGAACGCCGCACAACAAUCGUCACCUCCAUCCUCGCCUCCCGCCCAACCCAUCUCCUCCACAGCAUCACCUCACUCCGCUGAAGUCCAGCCGACUCCUUCCUGUUCCUCCAAUGGCGAUGAAAAAAAAUGUAUGAUGGACAAGGAGACCCAAGUUGUUGCGGUGUCCGUGGCGUCGUCCAUUGCGUCGUCCGUUGCAUCAUCCGUGGUGUCUCUGAGAUCUGCGGCUGAACAGACUGACUCCACCUUGUCCCUCUCCUCCGCUAAGGAGUCCAAAUCUCAUUCCUCUUCGUCCACCGUGCAGCUCUCCACCUCGGGGUCGCCAGCCAGAGAGACACGUUCAGUCCUCAGAGUGCCAUCAGUUUCGUCCCUGAAAAGCACCAAAGACACAAAGGUGUAUUCGUCACCUCAUCAGCAGCACCGGACAGCAGCGUACCAGACGGCCUCCUCGUCGUCGUCUUCCUCCUCAUCCUUGUUCCCAUACCCGCUGUCCACUUCGUCCUCCCUCACCUCCUUGCACAUCUCAGAAGACUACAGAAGCUGCCAUGGUUCCGUGCAGAGUUUAGCGUCGCUGGACCCGCAAGAGGCUACACGGAAGAUCUCCCACUUAAGACGAGACAUCAACAACCUGACCUCCCACGCACUGCCGACCAACGGCUACAAAAGGCCUGGAUUAGUGUUAUCAGUCCAGGCACAGAACCAACAACAACGUGAAAGCUCCGUGUUCUCCUCAGCUUUGGAUAUUUGUGCUUCUGGAAGGGAAGCGAAAGCUUUGUAUUCCUGCGAGGCCGAGCACAGCCAUGAGCUCAGUUUUCCGCAGGGAGCGCUCUUUUCAAAUGUUCACCCGUCGGUUGAACCAGGCUGGCUCCAAGCGACCUACCAGGGCAAGACGGGCCUCAUACCCGAGAACUACAUCGCAUACACCUGA